AUGGCUUCGAAAUACCUUGCAUCGCUCACUGCUACUAUCGCGAAUGAUUUCACCAUAUUAACUGGCAUUUUUGGUAAUACAUGGGUAAUCUUCUCAAUAGCUAGAAGUCGAAAACCAAGGAGCCUGCUUGGUCAUAUCUCUCCAUCGGAUCGUCUUCGGGUCUAUAUCUCAGCGCUGGCAAUUGUCGACUUGACAGUACUAAUGGUGUUGCUCAUUAGAACAAUUUACCUCACUUUACCACAUUUAAUGCUUGACACAAACAGCUGUCGAGCGAUGUUCAUCAUAGAGCAGACUGUGAAGUUAGCAUCACUGACUUUGCUGUCAUGUAUUAGUAUCGAACGCUACGUGGCCGUACGAAAACCGUUUUGCAGUCAGGUUCGAAAGCGAUUCAUUCGGCUUACACCGAUCGCUGCACUUUUACUUUUCGCUGCCUUCGUGAUGGCAAUUUUCGUGCAAUCAGUAGCAACUUCGUCAAGCAGUCUGAACUGUGUACGCACUCAGCGCGGUAAGAGAGUAUCUCGAUUGGGUGCAUAUAUCACUGCUGUCGCUUUCUUCACCAAUCUUGCUACCAUCUCGGUCAGCUACGGUCAAAUAUUAAGACAUGUGCGACACAAGUUCGUCAAAAGAAAGGCUAGAGUGGUGGCAAACUCAAAGUCGCGGCAAUCGGUAGUGGCCGAACCGCGCUACAUGCGUGAAAUGACAAGCGCCAUACUUCGAGUAUUCGUGUUUCAUGUAGUGUGCUGGCUGCCGUCAUGUCUGCUUUUGUUUCUUCCGGAUACACCCAUCGUCUCCGAGUUGGGCAAUACAAUUCGCCUCUUCAACAACUUUACUGACUUUAGUGCGAUACGUUGUAUGAUGUUUCUCGCCAACUGGUUGACGUAUGCAAGUGCAGCAGGAAAUUGGAUAUUUUAUGCGGCAUUAAAUCGUGAACUUAGGAACAUGAUACGCCCGCAUGGUGUAGUGGUGAACACCUUAGCCCCCAGAAAGGAUAAUAGCGGGUUCAGUCCCCACCGCAGACAUCUGCAGUCAGAGAAUUUACAAAUAUAUCACCAUCAUUGUAAUUGA